AUGGAUGUUCGUCGUUGCCGUAGAUGUAAGAGAAAGCGUCUUGAUGAUGAACCUGAAGAAGUCCGUCAAUAUAAAACGUGUGCCAAGUGUCGAAUCAUUGAAAGAAAUAAAAAGAAUCUGAGAAAGCCUUUGGCUGAAGAAACUAUGUUGUAUGGAUUAAAACAAUUCAGAGAACAACAAUCUACAGAAAAUUAUAUUGAAGAAGAAGGAUUAUUAAAGGAUGAAUUUUUUAAAAGGUAUCAUAAUAAACCAUUCAAUUAUGAUGUUGAAAUUGCUAAAGUGCUAAGCAAUCCAAACUACGUACCUCCAGUAAUACAUAAUCAUGUUACGGAUGAGGUACCAAACACAACAGCAGAAGGACCUGCUAAUGGUCCAAGAUACCAAAUGACAAUGAAGACAAAUAAUAAUGGAUCAUCCCAUUCAAGGACAAAGAAACAACAAAACUCUCAGUCUCAACAGCAGCAACACCAACAACAACAGCAACAACAUCACCAUCAACAACAACAGCAGCAGCAACAACAUGCUCAAAACCAACAAGCUAUUCAUCAAAGAGAACAAGUUAUUGACGAUGAAGAAGAUCUUUAUAAGAUAUUGUCAAAUUUGGGUAAUAAAGAUGAAGUUCGUGAAGGAGCUGUCAUUUCCAAAACCAAUUUAGAUCCUUAUUUAUACAAUAAUGUGUUUGAUGAUUUCCAAAAAUAUUUAACAACAAUUCUUGACAAAUUGGGUACUAAUUCACAAAUCAAAAAUUUGGUAUUUUUAAAAGAAUUCAAUGAUGACUUUACCACCAGUAUGUCAAAAUUUGAUGCAUACACUAAAGAUCGUACAUCAUUGUACCAAAAUUUAAGAUUAAGUGAAAGACAAUUUAGAAGCCAUUUAUUAAGUAACUUACGAGCAUUAUACCUCGAUCUGAUAAUUGCAUGUUUGGGACUACUUUACAAGCAAGAAUAUGCAAAUUUAAAUGAAUUCAAAUCAACAACAUCAAUAAAAGCUGGGUUUCUGGCAAUUUCCAAAGCAGCAGUCGACGAUGGAAUUAAAAAUUUGAAGGAAUCAUCAAUCUCACUUGUAUAUAAUAGAAAGUAUAAUUUGUUGAUUAUUACUUUAAAUCAUAUCACCUACCAGUCUGAGGGUAAAACUUAUUCAUCCGAAUUUAAACAGAAAGUUGGAGAUAUUUACAAAAAAUUACAAGCCGAAGCAUCAUUACCUACCUCGAAUCUUAAAUUUGUCAAACUUGAUUAUGAUGUUCCAACAGGUGAAUUAGUUUAUGAUAAGUUAUUAUCGGUCAUGGAUGUUUAUAGUGCAGAGUUACAGGACUUUAUUAAGAAAUUAACCAAAGAUGAAUUCAUUGCUGAUUUUAUAAAUUAUGAAAAUACUUUGAAAGUGAGUGCUAAAGACGAUGAAUCUACAGAGGGAAAACAACCUGAAGUUGCAGAAAAUGAUCAAAUGGAUAUUGACAGUGAAGAAAUGGAUAAUGAUCAAAAAGAAAAUGCAGAAGAUGUCGUAGAGAAUGAAGAUGAAGAUGUCAUUAUUGAAGGAGCAACUGAAGAUGGUGUAUUAGAUGCUGGUGAUGCAUCUUUGUUGGCCAGUUUCCUUGAUACCAGUAAUAUCAAUGGAGAACCUGUUCAACAGGCAGGAGAGGAAGAAUUGGAUGAUAAACUGCAACAAACAAUGAUUGAAAAAGAAUCAACAGUUGAUGCGUUAGAUCCGGUUUUACAAUUGUAA